UAAAUAAUACUAGAAAAAGAACGAGAUGUUCUCUCCGACUUUUGGGUGUUUAUUUUUUUUUUUAAAUAACAGGGGUCCGUGUUAUUUUGCAUUAUAGUCGUAAGCUUCACUAUAUGAAGUAAUUUUUUAAUGAGUAUCCUAUGUGUAUUUUAGUCAAAGCCGUUUGCAUGCUAACUUAAAAAUGUCUAAGUCUCUAUCGUUUCGGUUUCAGUUGAACUCCAUAAUGGAGAUAAUGACUAAAACAGCAAUAGAAGAAAUAUGUAAAAUUGUAGAAAGCGAUUUCGCGUUACUACGACAAGAACUGUCAUUCGUCAUGAGUGAAAACAGAGUCCUCAAAGACAAAAUGCUUUACGCGGAAAAUAAAGGAGAAAGCACGCGCAUCACAAAAGAAGAAACAGCUUCCAAAACAUAUCAGUCGACUUGUGUUCAAACAGAAGGAGUGCAGCCUUCCGUCCAUGGGAUAUUUGGGAAGGAAUGGUGCACCAGUUUGUGGGAUCAGAAGAUCCAGUCAACAGAAGAUGAGCUGCCCGAUGCUGUUGACACGUGUCCUGAGUCACAAUAUAAGGACAUUGAACCAUACGGCUCCAUCCAUCCCCUGAUUAAAGAGGAGAACAGAUCUGUAGAGGACACAUAUCCAAACUAUGAAGGUAAUGUAUCAGAAGGACUCUUAAACUUUUCUGUGUGUGAACCUUCGGCAGACCCCAAAAAAUAUAACCAGCCCUUUGAAUCUGAUGAAAUCCAGAGAACAGCUUUUGAUUCUUCAGAUGGACACAGCAUAAAAAACACAGUUAUUGAUAACACUGUCGAAAAGUUAAUGGCACCCAUCGAAGACCCUUUGAUAUUUGAUGAUCCCUGUUUACUCGACACAUUUUCUGUGGAGCAAAAUGUCCCAUGUCCAUCUGAGACCCAGAAAGAUGAACCAUUACAGGAACAAAUUACAUGUGCAGAUACUGCAACCACUCCAGAAAAUGAUAAAGGCAGAUUUAAACUACACAACCUGGAAAAAGAGACUGUGAAACCUAAAUUAAGUUGCUAUGAAGGAAAGAUGUGUCUUCGGCCGAAUGCCACUAAACACAAAGUCACAAAACACAAGCAGCAGCCUCCAGUUAAGGUUUCAAAGUCGCAACCAAAUAAAAUGUAUCAUUGUGAGAUUUGUGGGAGGAGAUUCACUUGCAAAGCUAACUUAAAAGUUCACUUUGUGGUACACACAGGGGAAAGGCCCCAUAAAUGCAGUUUUUGUGGAAAAGGAUUCACACAGAUAGGAGCUUUACACAUUCAUGAACGCAUUCACACAGGAGAAAGACCUUUUAAGUGUGACACCUGUGGAAGAUGUUUUACCCAGAAGUUCUGCCUACAGAAUCAUGAACGCAUCCAUAGCGGAGAAAGACCGUUUACUUGUGACACCUGUGGAAUGACCUUCGCCCAGAAAAUCACCAUGGACAAACAUUUAAUCGUCCAUAACAAACCAACAAAAAAGAAACAAAGGAAAUUAAAGAAAUAUCAGUAAAUUUAUAUCAACAUCCUUUAUUUACACGAUUCAAAAUUCACCUGUAGCUGUAUGAAAUAAAUUUUUUACAAGAUUAACGGUAACAAAAGUCUCUGCGUGCAUUUUUAAAGCAUUUUGACUGUUUGUCUUAAGUCCUGAAAAUGCAUACUUAU